CGCAACUUCGUCAAACUCCCGCAAAACUUCUUCUAGAAUAAUCGCGCAGAGAGAUAUUGAAUUUUUUUUUUUGUAUUCAACAAUUUUUAAGAUUCGAAAAAAGAAAAGUCAAAGAAUCCGCGAGAUAAAGUUCAGAGAGCCCCAGAGGAGAAGCGGACAUGUCCCUGGACGCGAAGGAGAAGAUGGAGGUGCGCCUGGCGUUCAUGGGAGCGGCGGGGGUCGGGAAGACGGCGCUCAUCCGGCGCUUCCUGCAGGACUCCUUCGAGUCGAAGCACAAACGCACGGUGGAGGAGCUCCACAGCAAGGAGUACGAGGUGGGCGGCGUCACGGUCACCAUCCGCAUCAUGGACACCAGCGGCAGCUACUCCUUCCCCGCCAUGCGCAAGCUCUCCAUCCAAAACAGCGACGCCUUCGCGCUGGUCUACGCGGUGGACGACGCCGAGUCCCUGCAGGCCGUCAAGAGCCUGCGGGAGGAGAUCCUGGAGGUGAAGGAGGACAAGUUCGCGCCCAUCGUGGUGGUGGGCAACAAGAGCGACCGGCAGCAGGAGCGGCAGGUGUCCAGCGAGGACGUGCUGUCCGCGGUGGCGCUGGACUGGAGCAACAGCGUCGUGGAGGCUUCGGCCAAAGACGACGACAACGUGGUGGAGGUGUUCCGCGAGCUGCUGCAGCAGGCCAACCUGCCCAGCCGCCUCAGCCCGGCGCUGCGCAGGCGGAGGGAGACCUUCCCCAAAGACGGCAACGGCCGGCCCCCCAUGAACAAGACCAACAGCUGCCUCAUCUCCUAAUACCGCGGGACGCCUCGGGGAGGAGGAAAGGAGCAGCGCCCCCCCUCCACCCCACCCACAUCCCCUUUGAAUAUAAACAACAUGAAGUGGCUGUGAUGGGGACAGAGAGCUUGCACAGAUUGAGCGGGGGGGGGGGACACACACGUUACUGUAGUGCCACUUAACUGGUUUAGACUGGUUUCGAUCCCUUAGCAGAUGCAUUUGGUGUUAGGAAGUGCGGCUGACCAGGGGGCUGCACCACACGAUGCUGCAGAAUCCACAGAGCAACGUGCACGUGCAAAAAAAGAAGUCUACGCUGCAAAGGAGGCCAGACCAGCCACGCUAGGCUGAAACUCUCACUGCGCCAUAGAGAAGGAAAUCUAGCAAGGCCCGCUCCUUCUUUUUAUUUCUCAUGUUAAUUUGUUAGUGCAAAUGACACGUGAUAAUUUAGUCUGAUUUAAUGAUACCUUUGGACAACUGCCUUACCCCCCCCUCCUCCUCCCUCUAAAAUCACCCAAGCCAUCGCUAUGGUGAUAACUUCUUUGCAA